GGCGCCGCAGACCCGACCCCCGCCCCCGCCGCGCCCGCCGCCGCACUUGUCCUACUGCGCGCCCCCUGGAGCGCCGCGCACCCCUGGGACCCUUGCGCGUCCGGGUCCCCAGCAUAAACCCGGGUGCCUCGCGCGCCCCGGGAGCCCGGUACUGCCCGGGGAGCCCCGCGCGCGCCUGGACCGAGACGCAGCUCCAGGACCUCCGCUCGCCCCCAAAUCUUCGCGCGCUCUCAGAACCCCGGUGCUCGGCCCGCGGGGCCGAGCGCCUUGGUGAGGGGGGCCCCGCCCCAAAGGGUCCCCCUCUUGCAACAGACGGAGCCCCGCCCCAGAGGGACCCCCAGGUCCAGCAGGGACGUCCAGCCACGCCCCAGAGGGCUCCCAGCAUCCCGCGGCUGGAGCCCCGCGCUCCAGAGGAACCUCCGUGCCCAGCUGGGGGCUCCCCGCCCGGCCGAGGGGGCGCCGCCCAGGAGGGUCCCCGCUUCCCGCGGGUCCCGGCAGGAUGCACGCCGCCCUGGCGGGACCGCUGCUCGCCGCUCUCCUCGCCACAGCCCGCGCCCGCCCGCAGCCUCCGGACGGAGGACAGUGCCGGCCGCCUGGAUCGCAGAGGGACCUGAACUCCUUCCUGUGGACUAUUAGGCGCGACCCCCCGGCCUACCUGUUUGGCACCAUCCACGUCCCCUAUACCCGUGUCUGGGACUUCAUCCCAGACAACUCCAAGGCAGCCUUCCAGGCCAGCGCCCGCGUCUACUUUGAGCUGGACCUGACGGACCCCUACACUAUCUCAGCGCUGGCCAGCUGCCAGCUGCUGCCACAUGGGGAGAACCUGCAGGACGUUCUGCCCAGAGAGCUCUACUGGCGUCUGAAGCGCCACCUAGACUACGUGAAGCUGAUGAUGCCCUCGUGGAUGACGCCUGCACAGCGGGGCAAAGGGCUCUAUGCCGACUACCUAUUCAACGCCAUUGCAGGCAACUGGGAGCGCAAGAGGCCCGUGUGGGUGAUGCUUAUGGUAAACUCACUCACGGAGACAGACGUACGUUCCCGAGGCGUGCCGGUGCUUGACCUCUACCUGGCCCAGCAGGCUGAGAAGAUGAAGAAGAGCACCGGUGCUGUGGAGCAGGUGGAGGAGCAGUGCCAUCCACUCAAUGGGCUCAACUUCUCCCAGGUUCUGUUUGCCCUGAACCAGACCCUGCUGCAGCAUGAAAGCGUGCGGGCAGGAAGCCUGCAGGCACCCUACACCACGGAGGACCUCAUCAAGCAUUAUAACUGCGGGGAUCUCAACGCUGUCAUCUUCAACCAUGACACAUCCCAGCCUACCUUGUUCCAGGAAGAACUGAAGGCAGCCUCUGUCUUGCCUUUACAGCUGCCCAACUUUAUCAACACCACCCUGCCACCACACGAGCAGGUGACAGCACAGGAGAUCGACAGCUACUUCCGCCAGGAGCUCAUCUACAAGAGGAAUGAGCGGAUGGGGAAGAGGGUCAUGGCCCUUCUGCAGGAGAACGGAGACAAGAUCUGCUUCUUUGCCUUCGGAGCAGGUCACUUUCUGGGCAACAACACAGUCAUCGAUGUCCUUCGGCAGGCAGGGCUGGAGGUGGAGCACACACCCGCUGGGCAGACCAUCCAUAGCCCUGCCGCCCGGACCCCCGCACCCCUCCCUGAGGGGGCCUCAGCAAGCCCGGCCCCAGUGACCCCAGCUGCUGCUGUCCCCGCAACACCCUCGGCGACCCCCACCACCCCACCCGAGGAGGAGGACCCAGCCCUGUCCCCACAUCUCCUGCUCCCCGACAGCCUCAGCCAGCUGGAGGAAUUUGGGCGGCAGAAGAAGUGGCACAAGAGGCAGAACAAACACCAGCGGCCACGGCAGUUCAAUGACCUCUGGGUCCGCAUCGAGGACAGCACCACUGCCUCACCACCCCCGCUGCCCCUGCAGCCCACGCACAGCUCUGGGACCACCAAGCCCCCCUUUCAGCUCUCCGACCAGCUCCAGCAGCACGAAGAGCCAGCGCUCCCCAGCAGCUCCACGCCUGGCCACACGUGGCCCACCCUUGGCCUCCUCCCUGCCAUUGCUGCCAGCAUCGCAGCCCCCUUCCUGCUGCACACCCUCGGGCCCUCUUGACCCCCGCCGCCCCAGGCAGAGAGGCCAGAGAAGCCACAGGAGGGUCUGUGGCCAUCUCCCACUGCCCUUGCCCCCACCUCCAGGGGUGCCUGACCCCUCACGGGCAGUCCAGAUGGGAUUCGUUAGAACACUAAAGCUUUAUU